AUGUCGAUGACUGUACAUAUAAUUUUAGGCUCUCAAAUAAAAACCACAUUUUUAUUUCCAUAUUUUCAGAUAUUCCCCAAUCCUCAUCGUUUCGAACCAGAAAGAUUUUUGGAUGAUCAAGGCCAAUUAAAACGUAUUGAAGAAUUUAUUCCUUUUAGUUUGGGGAAGAGAAUAUGUAUGGGAGAAUCAUUAGCCAAAACAGAAUUAUUUCUUUUUACUGCAAAUUUCUUUCGCCAUUUUCAAGUUUUACCAGUUGAUCCUCUUCAUCCACCUUCUAGUGAAAAGAUCAAAGGAUUCUCCGUAAAGCUUCAUCAUUACAAUUGUCGAAUAAUUUUGCGAAAUAGAAGGGAAUUUUGAAAAGAAAAUAUACUUUUAUCUAAAAUAUUUAAAUAAAAUAUUUACACAACAAUAAUCAUUAUAAAAUAAAAUAUGUUUAUAUAUUCAACAUUAUCACAAUUUUGGAAAAGAGUUUAUAAUAUUUUUGGCCCUACUUCAGUUUAUGAGUCCAGUCGCACUUUAUGAUAGAGAUCGAACAAACG